CUGCCUCCGUAACCACAGCCGCGCCCGGACCGCGGGAGCCGCGCGCGCGGGGGGCCAGCCUGGACAGGGGGGAGCAGCGAUGAGCGGCGAGCCGGACCGCGAGUGCCCGGAGGACGGAGAUACUGACCGAGAAGAGAUGUUUCCAAGUAAGAAGAGUGCGGUUGUUGUGGAUGGAAUCAUACUGAAUGGGCCCACUACAGAUGCAGAAGCAGGGGAAAAAUUUGUUGAAGAGGCCUGUAGGCUAAUAAUGAAAGAGGUGGUUUUGAAGGCUACAGAUGUCAAUGAGAAGGUUUGUGAGUGGCGGUCCCCUGAACAAUUAAAACACCUUCUUGAUUUGGAGAUGAGAGACACAGGAGAGUCACACCACAAACUGUUGGAACUCUGCCAGGAUGUCAUACGCUACAGUGUCAAAACUAACCAUCCCCGGUUCUUCAACCAGUUAUAUGCUGGACUUGAUUACUAUUCUUUAGUGGCUCGAUUUAUUACAGAAGCAUUAAACCCAAGUGUUUAUACGUAUGAGGUGUCCCCAGUGUUUCUGUUAGUGGAAGAAGUAGUUCUGAAAAAAAUGAUUGAAUUCAUUGGCUGGAAAGAAGGGGAUGGAAUAUUUAAUCCAGGUGGUUCAGUGUCCAAUAUGUAUGCAAUGAAUUUAGCUAGAUACAAGCAUCAUCCUGACAUUAAGGAGAAGGGGCUGACUGGGUUGCCGAGAUUAAUCCUUUUCACAUCUGCAGAGUGUCAUUAUUCCAUGAAGAAGGCAGCCUCCUUUCUUGGGAUUGGUACAGAGAAUGUUUGUUUUGUGGAAACAGAUGGAAGGGGUAAAAUGAUACCUGAGGAACUGGACAAACAAAUCCGGCAAGCCAAAAAAGAGGUGCUUGGCUCUCCAUAUUCUGUGGAGUUUCUCGGAUGUUCUCAUUCCCAGGGAGCAGCACCAUUUCUCGUCUGUGCCACGUCUGGAACCACCGUGCUGGGAGCCUUUGAUCCUCUGGAUGAAAUAGCUGACAUCUGUGAGCAGCAUGGUCUCUGGCUUCACGUGGAUGCUUCGUGGGGUGGCUCGGCUUUGAUGUCAAGGAAAUAUCGCAAGCUUCUGCAUGGUAUCCACAGAGCAGACUCUGUGGCCUGGAACCCACACAAGAUGCUUAUGGCUGGAAUUCAGUGCUGUGCUCUCCUUGUUAAAGACAAAUCUGAUCUUCUAAAGAAAUGCUACUCUGCCAAGGCAUCCUACCUGUUCCAGCAGGAUAAAUUCUAUGAUGUCAGCUAUGACACAGGAGACAAGUCUAUCCAGUGUAGCAGGAGACCAGAUGCAUUCAAGUUCUGGAUGACUUGGAAGGCCCUGGGAACAUUAGGCCUUGAAGAAAGAGUGAAUCGUGCACUUGCUUUAGCUAGGUACCUAGUAGAAGAAAUCAAGAAAAGAGAAGGAUUCAAGUUACUUAUGGAGCCUGAAUAUGCCAAUAUUUGCUUUUGGUACAUUCCACCAAGUCUUAGAAAGAUGGAAGAGGGCCCUGAGUUUUGGGAAAAACUUCAUUUGGUUGCACCAGCCAUAAAGGAGAGGAUGAUGAAGAAGGGAAGUUUGAUGCUGGGCUACCAACCCCAUCGGGGGAAGGUCAACUUCUUCCGCCAGGUGGUGAUCAGCCCUCAAGUGAGCAGAGAGGACAUGGACUUCCUCUUGGAUGAGAUUGACCUGCUUGGUAGAGACAUGUAGCUAUGGCUUUAGUCUCCCAGAGUCAUGGAUCCUGGUCUAGGGCGUGUUAUAGACCAUGGGCAUCUGGGGAUACAUAGGAAUUUACAAUCCUUCUGGUAAGAAAUAGGAAACAUGCUAUUUCAGGCCCAGUGAAACCAAAAUGCAAUGCAAAUAGUGUUAAUGAUUUGUAGUUACCAGAAUACUGUUGACUCUAUAAGGAAGAAAAUAGAAAAUGGAUUUCUCAAGAAUUGUCUCUGUGACAGAGCCUUGAAGAGAAUUUUAGUAAGUAUCAUGUGGGACCUGGUGUCUAAGCUUUCAUUACAUUUUAAGGAACAUAAAUUAAUAGUUAUAAACAGAGGUCCUAAAAGUGUCAUUCCUAGACUAGUAGCCUCAGUGUCACUGAGAAUUUGUUAAAAAUUUGGAUUGUUUUGGGACCAGAGUGAUCGUCCAGCAGGUAGGGUGUUUGCCUUGUGCACUGCUGGUCCAGGUUCAAUCUCUGGUACCCUACAUAGUUCCCCAAGCCCACCAGGAGUGAUUCUAAGUCUGUCUCUCCAGAGACCAACUGAAUUAGCAAUUCAGGAUGGUGUUGGGAGGUGGGGUGGGGGAACAGUUUCCUGUGUGAGCCCUCCAUGUGGGUAGGCAAAAUAUAUCAACCUGUGGUCAAAAACCUAUUUAGAUGGAAUCAUCACUGAUAUUUUGCCAGCAAAGUCUAUCUACUCUUUCAGGGGCAAUUGAGCAAACCUUGGAAAAUGCUGUGGCAUCUGGCAACAUUUUAAGGUUAAUCACAUGUUAAGGCUAUUUUUUAAAGAGACUAUAUGAAAUCUUUAUAUUGAUAGAUUUCACUGACUAAAUAUUCUCAAAAGUCAAAAGAACUAUUUUCCAUCCUAAUUAUUUAAAUUAGAGAUAAGCAUAUAAUUCUGUGGCAUCUGUGGCACACAUUUUAAGAGCAUCAACAUGGUAAACUAUUUUUUUUAAAAGAGACUAUAUGAGAUCUUUAUGUUGAUAGAUAUUUUUAUGCCGGCUAAAUAUUCUCAAAAGUCAAAAUGAACUAUUUUAUAUUCUAAUUAUUUAAAUUAGAGAUAUGGAUAAAAGUCAGACACCAAUCAAUGCAGUAGAUUUAAUUCACUUUACCAGUGUGUCAUUCAUUAGCAUCAAGUGUCUCUAUGUAUGUUUUUAAUACUUUUAACUAUAGUACCUAUCUUGGAUUUAAUGGCCUGUUUCUUGCCUUGCUCUUACUUAUAGAAAAUAACCAGAAAGAAAUGCUAGAUUAUAAAACAUUACCUUUCUCAAGCAUUGAAAUGUCAAUGUAGUGGCUGGUUAAGUCCUUUAUGUUUGGCUGAGAAUCUGGGAAUUAGAGGCCUUCCAAUGCACUGUAAAUUUCUCCUGUGUAUGGAUGGUUGCAAUUCUGUCUCUAAUCCUGGUUCUAGGUUUCAAGGAGGAUAUUUUUGACUCAGAAGUGAGCAGAAUUCAAAGUUUUAGUUAUAGAGUUCAACGGGGGAAGAUUAUGAGUCAAAUUAGAUCUCUCCUUUGGAAGGCAAAUAUUUAGACUAUCCAAAUAUUAGAUUUAGCAUAGUCAGUGAACUUUUCAUAAUACCUAAAUUUUUUAUCUACUUAAAAUUUGAAGAAUAUGAAGCAAAUAUAUCCUAUUUGUCUUUAUUCCUUAUUUUUGCUUUAGGGUAUGUGGUGUCUUAUUAUCUUGAUUGGUCAAAGAAAAUGUUGCAACUUUUCACUGAAUUACUUCAGUCUCUGGUGAUAGCUAUUUAUAUGUAUGUUUGUGUAUUGGUGUCUUACAUUUUUAUUGCCCUUUUCUUUUGAUUUCUACAUAGAAUGUGCUCUACAUUGAUGUUUGCAAUUAUUUGAGUUUCAUGAUAUAAAAGGCAAUUUUAGCACUCAUUUAGUGUAGUUGAUUUUCCUUCUCUUGUCAUCUUCUCUUUAUUGAAUUGUAGCAAUACAUUUUUAAACUUGAACAGGGCUUAGUUAGCAUUUUAACUAAAUAAUUGAGACAGUAGACUGGGAGCUGUCAGUUUCUUAAUUAACACUUCGAAUAAAAUGGAAAACAUGUUAAAGCAAAGUAUGGAUUUGUCUCAUUUAGUCUCUCUUCAUUUACUGUGAAAUUCAUGAGAAAAUACUAUAAUCACAGCAUAGCUUCUGCUGUGCCACUUUUUUAUAGAAAUGACAGUCUCUUGAUCAAUGAAAAUAAACCAUUACCAGAACCUUUAAAAAUUCCAUGAUUUUUCUUUAAAACAUUUUCUUAACAUUUUAAGGAAAUAUUUCUUAAAAUAUUUCCUUAAAAUGUUCAUAUACGCCACAUUCAAUCAGGUAGUUUACUGAAUGGUCAAGAGCAAUUACUUGAUUAAAGGUUAAUUAUUCUGCAUCAAAUCAUUUUUAAAAAUUGACAAUAUGCCUCCUAUGUGCCAGGCAGUUGCCUGGAGGUUGGAGACAUAUAGUCAACAAAAUUGACCAAGUUACUACUUUUCUGAAGUUUUCCAUGUAAUUAGAGCAGACAAUCAACAAGUAAAUAUGUAAUGUCAGGUGAUGAAAAGUGUCUUGAAGAAAAUUAAAUACAGUAAAAGGAUAUAAGAAUGAAUUGGGGUGUGCUAUUGGGAAAAGGCUAAUAAAAAUCCUCUGAUAAAGUAACACUUAAAUGAAGAUAAAGUAGGGGAGAGUACAAUGUGAAUGUCUGGGAAAGAGAGUUAUACAUGGAUGCUUAGUAAGUCAAGCACCCUAAGAGCAGCAUUUCUGGAACAUUCAGAAGCCAACUUGGAGGUAAGUAUGGCUUGGGAAUAGAAGAGAUGACGUGGUGGAGGGGUAAAUAAUGAAAUCAAAGAAGUAUUUUCUAGUCAGUGUAGAGGGGCAUGUAUUAGAGAAACUGAACAGGGCAGUGAAGUGAUUCAAUUUGAAUUUUAGUAUCCCUCUAUUUACUGUUUGAAAAGUAAGGUGUACUUGGGUGUAAAUGGACUCCUAGAGACCAGAAUGAGGAAAUUUACAACAUGAUACUUUACAGUAGAGUUGAAUAUAAUAGAGUUGCAGUGAAGGAAGUGGUGGUUAGGGGUCUAGUUCUGAAAUCAGUUAAGAGUAUAGUUGAUAGAGUAUGUUAGUGAAGUAAAGGAGUGGAUAUUUAAUGAGACUUGAGGAAAAAAUAGUUUAAUAGACAUUUUAAAAAUUAUUAUUUUUAUUAAAAAUAACAUGAUUUACAAAGUUGUUCAUUAUAAACAAAGUUGUUUCAGACAUUUCCAAUAUCCAAUAUCAAUCCAACCACCAGUGUAAGCUUUCCUCCCUCAAUGUCCCUAUUUUCUCACCCAUCCCCAUCUGCCCCCUCAGGCACAUAAUGAAUUUACCUUAUAUCACUUGUUCCAACUAUGAUCAGAAAAUAAAUCAGCAAGAGCCAAUUUGUGAUAUUUUGUUUUAACCUAUGUAAAUAAGAAAAAUAAAAACCUUUAAUAAAAUAAAAUGCU